AAAAAUUAAAACUAUCACGCGGGCGGGUUUGAAUUUGAACGUCAAAAAUAACGCCGAUAUAAUUUUUGUUAAAAAUAAAAAAACAUUUUUUUUCAUAACGAAUCUCCUUCUCCAGCAACCGCGGUGCGGUCGAUCGACGCGAGCGACGCUCCAUUCGCCGUUGGAUGCUUCUAGAAUGCCCGGAUGUUAAGGCUGAACUUUACACGACGGUUAAGGUUGUGCGUUUUUUUAUUUAAAAAAAUACAUUUCACUCCUUUCUUCACUUCAAAGUCACGUUUUUUUGCAAUACGAUCCCUUUGUUUCUCUUGUUUACGUAAUAUAUUUGUUUAGUUUUUAACACGUCGAUACAUUUUUUGAUUGUUAUAUAUAGCAUUCGUUAUUCCAGCAUCACUAUCAUGCGAUAAUCCGAUUGAUUAAUCUGAACACUUUUAGUGACCGAUAUUUGAAAAUAAAUCUGCACAUUGUCGCUAUCACCGGAUAUUGUAAUUAUAUACCGUUGAUAAAAAAUCGUUAAUAAAUUCGUUAACACAAACUCCGUUCGCGCCAAACCGUUCAACGGCUGUCACGCUUAUGACACGCAACAUUUACUUUUAACACAGAUUUAUAAAACAUGUCGUUAUUUAUUCUUAUUCAAACAUCAACACACACUCGUUAACACCACGCACACAUCACAUUAUUUAGUAACAACUCAUUCGCAGCAACCUAUCGCUUUAUCAACUCUCCACAAACGCACAGACACACACACCACUGACAACACAUUACUUUUGUUUUAAACUCACUAUUAAAAAAAAUUAUAAAUCCACAAGCGCCUACGGACAACAUUCAUAUUAUCAUCUUUAAAUAUUUAUUUUGCACCAACCAAGUUGUGCCCCGGGUAUCCUUAACGCAGACACGGCCACACGCUACACCACACACAAUGGCGUGACAGUUACACAGCCACACGCAACAAACACCCCCUCCUCAGUAACACCGACAUCCUCAACAACAACUACUACAACAACCGUAACAACAACUACAACAACAUCCCGCUCGUCGCCUAACACAACAAGCGAAGGCGGCUGGCAGAAGAAGGAAGGAGGAGGAGGAAGGAGGAGGAGGGAGAUACGAAGGAGGAAGACACCGACGACGAACCGACCAACAAACCACACACGCGAGUUGCAUGGUGGUGGUGGUUGUUGUUAUUGUAACGAAAGAGACGGAGUGACACGGGGCCACGAUGCCGCAAGGGUUCGGGUUGGACUUGGGGUUCGAACUCCAUGGACCCGGCGGCCCCGGAGGCUCGCUAACCUCCGGGGCCUCCUCCGUCUACCGCUGGUUCGGAGCGCUGGGUCCCUCGUCCCGACUCGAGUUCGCCUGCGGCCUCCUCGACCUCGUCAACCCCCUCGAGCUGCGCUUCCUCGCCGCCUGCCUCGAGGAGUUGGCCCGCAAGGACUACCACUCGCUGCGGGACGCCGAGGCCAGGGCCAACAACGCGGCCGACGUGAUGAUGAUGGACGUGGCGGGUGGCGGCGGUUACGAGGACGAUGGCGGUGGCGGUGAUGGCGAAGAAGAAGGCGAAGAAGAAGGCGGAGAUCGCGUUGGAUGUGCAGGAGGAGUGGGUGACGCAGCGGGGCACGGACCCGUCGGCGUGGUACGGGCGAGCGAUGGGGAUGCUGGGGGACACGGCGGCGGUGGUGGAGUCAUUGGGGGUGUCGGACGCGAUGGCUCCGCGGGGACUUUGGUCGCCCCCGGAGGUCACGGAGGAGCCGGCGCGACUGCGGGAAGAGCGGCAGCGGGAGGAGGCGGAGGAGGACGCCACAGGGGCCUACCCCUAGCCGCCUCGGCCCGCAGCCGGCUCGUGGUGUCCGCGGCGCUCCUCCGCUCCGACAACCGCGAGGCCGCCUCGGCCCUCUACGCCGCCCUCGGAGGAGCAGCGCUGGCGGAGGACGGCGACGAAGACGAAGGCUGCGACGAGACCCUCACGCUGCUUCUCACCAUGGCCGUCAACCACCCGGCCUUCUCGUUCCAGCAGAAGCGGACGCUGAGGAGGAGGCUCGCGGCCCUCCAGAGAGCGGCCCGAGCCGCGGCCGAGCAGCAGCAGCAGCAGCUGGUGCAGCAGCAGCAGGCGGCGGCGGCCUCGGGCGAGGAGAGCGACGCAGGCCAACAGCAGCAGCAGCAGCGUGCCAAGACGACGCCAAAACGGAAAGUGCCAGGUCCCGAGGGCGAGAGCCUGAGUGACGACACCACGUCCACCUUCUCCAGCCAGGAUUCGCCGUCGUAUGGCGGCGGCGGAAGCGGCGGCGGCGGAAGCGGCAGCAACGUGACGGCGGCGUCGCCCCCCUACCCCGCCUCCAUCGAGAGGAUCGAACGCAAGAACCUGUCGAAGAGGAAGGGGGAAAGGUGCACCGAGUAUUACCUGGAGGUGUUUUGGUCGGACGGCUCGACGGUGACCCUGUCCAAGACGUACCAGGAACUUCACGACUUUCUCUCCAAGCUCCCUCAAAUCUUCCCCAACGACCACCUGGAGAGGCUCUUCCCACCCCCGCCGGCCCGGGGGGCGACGGCAUUCUCCACCCACCGCACCAACUCCUCGACGGAGAGACCCACCCCGUCGGCGGAGAGGGCCCUUCCUCCGCGGUCCCCGUGCCCGAGCCCCGGCCCGUCGGCCCCGUCGCCGACGCGGAAUCACGAUCGCUCGGCCUGCGGGCCCCGCUCGUCCCCGACGAGGCCCCACUCGUCGGCGGGGCGCGACGUGAGGAUGACGAUGACGACGGGCGUGGGGGCGGCCGCGCGACCUCCGACCCCGCGCACGCGGAGCAACUCGCGCGACAAGCAGGCGGAGCGUGCCGACACGCCCUCGUCGGCGGUGGGCGGAGGGGGUGGGCGGCACGCGCGGCCCAGGAGCCGGGAUGAGCGGCACGGCUCGUCGGUAGCGCCACCGGCGAGCUACGACGGGCGGGCCAACGGCGUGGAGGAGCGAGCGGAGCGAGCGGAGUGGGCCCCGCCGGGCCGGAUCGUUUCGCCUGGGCGGCACGCGCACGGGAGGACGCGGGACGACGUGACGGACCGGCAACGCUGCCUGCCGACACGGUCGCCAACUAGAUCGCCGCUGCCGACGGAGAAGGGCGGCGGUGCCGGCGGUGGCAGAGCGGUGGUGUUCCACUCGCCUCCGGUGCACGGCGAGAAAAGGCCGGUGGACGUGGAGGCGGCGAUGAGGCAGCUGCUGACGAGCGCGCCGGCCCACGUGCUGCGCAGCGUGCACGUGCGAGGGUUCCUGCACGGCGGAUCUCUCGCCAGGGCUCACCACCACCACCACCACCGCGGCAGCGGCGGCAUCCACUCGGCGCAGGGCGGCACUCACGUUUCUAAAGAGAGGGCGGCGGUCGGAUCGGCUUCGAGAGGUGGCGGGCAGUUGACGGUGAAUGCGUGCAAGUCCCUCCCAGGCGGCCCCACGGCCUCGCCGGACCACGGGUCGGUGGGCCGCGCCAGCCCGCAGCUCGCGCUGACCGGCCUGCCGCCCGCGUCGCCCACCUCCCGGCACGGUGAUGCCGCGCCGGGCCCGCACGGUUCGGAGGUGGUGGGCGUCCUCGACUGGCUCAAGAAGCUCCGACUGCACAAGUACUACCCCGAGUUCAAGCACCUCAGCAUGGAGCAGUUCCUGAACCUGAGCGAGGAGGACGUGGAUCUGUUUGAGAACCUCACGGAAGGCGCGAAGAAAAAACUCAGGACUCAGCUGGCAAAGGAGCGAGCCGAGAAAUUUGGUGGCGUUUCGGAGUCGUACCCACUGAGCAACGGUGUCACCAGAGUGCCUUCUUCUCACCACAGCCCUACCCACAAUUCCCGGCACAACCCUGCCCACAAUGCACAACGAAGCCCCUCCAUCAACUCGUCCCGUACGUCCCAAGCAGGGCGGGCUGACGACGCGGCCGAGAGGUCGGAGUCGCCGCUCCUGCCGGCGCCGGGCAGCCGGGACCACAGCCAGGACGGACGAGAGCGAGCACACCGGAGCAAGGAGCGCGACGUGAGCGGCGCUCGCGACGGCUCCGCGAAGGAGAAGCCGCCGACCUUCCCGUCGCACCCCAUCAACCAGGCCAUUUGCAUCAUGAGGCCGACCGCACAGGUGACGCCCGUGCAGAACCCUUCCGUUCCUCCGCCGCUGCUGGCGCCCCACUCGACCCCCUACUCGGCGUGCCCGUCGUCCCUCUCCUCGUCGCACCCGGGAUCGCACCCGGGCUCGGCACACGCCGUCGGCAGGCGGAAAGAGAACGCCGGCGGCCUUCCCCUCCCGCCGGAGCUGCCCGGCGCCGACGGCCCAGCCCACGGGACCGGCGAGAUCCGGUUGGGCGGCGGUGGCGGCGGAGGGCGGUUCAUUUCCGCCUCGCCGCUCGUGCACCUCGGCUCGCCGGCGCUGCCCUCGGGUUUCGCGUCGCGCGGGAAGGCCGCCGUCACCGCCUUCGGCAACGGCGGCGGCGGAAGCGGCGGCAACAGCAGCGGCAGCAACAGCAGCCGGAGCAGCAUGGAGUCGCCGGAGAUGUCGAGGCUCCUGCCGCAGCCGGUGCCGGUGCAGGCGUCGCGGCAGGACGACUGCGCUACCAGCGGUGGACCGGGCAGCCCGUACAUAUUCACCGGCGGCGGGCACCCGCAGCACCAACAGCAGCAGCACGGCAAGACGCCGCUUCACGAGCAUCCGGCGCCAGCGACGCAGCAGCAGCAGCAGCAGCAGCACGCGCCGCAGCAAGCGCCCCCGCUGCAUCUCUACGCCGUGGAAUCGGACGCCUUCCCCCCGAGCGGCAAGCUCGCGCUCGCCGGCGCCAAACCCCCGGCGUCGGAAGCGACGGCGCCGGCAGUGAUGCCGGGCGGGGUGCUCGCCGGCGGUUACUGCACGACGCGGGGCGCCUUCCCCGCGCACGGUGCCGGCGCCGGCAGCGGUGGCGGCGUUCUGCUCACGCCCAUCUACAACGGCGGUGGCGGGUCGGAGGCAGAGCUGAACGGCACCGGCUUGGGAGCUCCGAGCCACCAACACCAGCAGCAGCACCAGCAGAGCUGUUGCAGCAGCUGCAGCUCGUGCGGUUGCAGCGGUGGCUGCGGCGGCACCCGUGGGUUGCCGCUAAGCUACCCAUACUUCCAGCCGUUCUCGACGCCGUUCAUCGGCUUCCCGGUCAUCCCCAUGAGCAGUGCGAUGUACGGCAGCUUUGUGGGCGCCGGCGGAAACCAGCAGCAGCACCAGCAGCAGCAGCAUCAGCAGCAGCAGCAUCAGCAGCAGCACCAGCAGCAGCACCAGCAGCAGCACCAGCAGCAGCACCAGCAGCAUCAGCAGCAGCAACAGCAGCAACAUCACCAUCAACAGCCUCACGCGCAGCAGCAGCAGCAGCAGCAGGGCUCGUACGGUCAGGCAAUGGCGCAGCAGCCCACGGUGGGCGGCCACGCGAAUCAGGCGGCAGCUGCGUUCUACAUUCCGUCGCCGGCGCCGUUUCCCGGGCACGAGCCGGGCUCCCUGGGGGCGCUGACGGGGAUGGCUCUGCCUUACCAGCGCGCGGUGUCCGACGCGUACCUCUUCCACCAGCACCACCACGGCCAGCAUCACGUUGUCCAGCAGCAGCAGCAGCAGCACCAACAGCACCAACAGCAGCAGCAGCAGCAGCAUGUGCAGCCGGCGCUGCACUACCAGUACAGCGUGGGGCCCCGGCGGCACGGCGGGCUGCCGACGCUGUCGUGCUACAACUGCGGGGCGUGCGGUCAUCGCGCCAGCGAGUGCAAGCACCCCACGAUGGACACCAAUCAGCAAGGCACGUUCCGGCUCAAGUACGCGCCGUCGUCGGAAAACGUCGACUCGUCAGACUGACGACGCCCUCUGAGCCCUCGUCACGAGCGCCACGGGGAGAGAGGAGCGUCGACUGCCUCCCCCUCCAUCCUCCUCCAUCCACACCUUCCGCGGCGGUGUCGCCGAUGUGGCUACGCAGCCGCCUGCCAGCAAUCG